AUUUCACAGUCGGGACAUUCACGCCGCCUUACGGCGAAGACACAACUUCUACAACUGAUCUGUAAUGAUCUGCACUCCAUUAUGGAAAUCCACAGAAAUUUGCUACGCCCCUUCUUCUUCACCCUAUUUCUGGCCGCCAUCACUGGCGUAGCUUCGCGGCCCGCAUUCACGGAUCCUCUCGAUCAAUCCUCCAUACCCCUUUACACCGCGUCCUGCUUGUCACCGGUACAGACAAUUAACCAAGACCAUGCUGCUUGCCAAGUUACUAGCAGUUUUAACAAUAUCAUGCUACGGGCCAACUGCGGCGUGAGCGAGAAUCUGGGGGCCUUUUGCUUCACCGCUCCUAAAUCGGACCCAUGCGCCUACGCUAAUAGACCAGGCAAACCUGCCUGUUGCGCUGCGGCAGGGUACUUGUAUAAUGUCACAGCGGUAAAUAGCACUGCUGCUUCCCUGCGUUGGGGAAAUAUCACCGCCUCUUUCUCGCUGGGCCUCCCGCCGGGCCCCGGCGACGCCAACAACGAUGGCAGACCAAUUCACACGGGACCGAUGCCGAAUCCUUUCCAUUCUUACAAAGACAGGACGACUAUUGCCGCCGCUGGCCGGGCCAUCCGUGAGAAAUAUCUACGGACACAAGCAGUACCGUCGGUAUCUCGGAUUACCCCGUCGGUAUAUUUCCCUGCCCGACACCAUUCCCGUGGAUCAACUGGGCGCCUACACCAGGGCAGCAUUCACAGCAACACGGACGGCAGUGGGCCAGGAAGAAGCCCAGGCCUGACAGAUGGCGGCCAUUCUUAAGUCUGGCGCGCAUCUGGGGAAUCCAGUGAAGAUUCUUCUUUAAUGGUGUACUUGAGACAGCUACGGACAGACUCAAAGGGGUAUGAGAUAGGCACGAUACUAUCGGUAAUCGGAGAUCUUCAAGCCAUGAGUCUUUCGCGGCUUUUAGACAUGGGGAUUGUCAGGGAGACCUCGUGUUGUGCCACAGAGCUGGAUUGACGUGCUUCGAAAGUGUGUGGGUCCUGGUGCGAUAACUGUUUCUCGUCAAGUACGACGUUUUCUUUCCAUUUGACAAUGAACACUGCUAAUAACUCCGCG